AUGCUCCAUCUCUUGGGUAGGUUUCCAGGGAAGGCAGUGAGCUGUAUCCCUUACUCCGCUGGCGGCGCGAGGCGUCUGGCUCUUCGCGGCUGCUGCGAGGGAAAAGGGAGCGCGGGGGCUGGGUGGAAUCGAGGAGUGAGGAAAAAGGGAAGGGGCGGGGAGAGGGACCAGGGAAGGAGUCGGGGGAAUCUCGCGAGGGUUGGAGUUUUGGCGAGAGUUUGUGGAAGAUGGCGCCUGUUGUGACAGGAAAAUUUGGUGAGCGGCCUCCACCUAAACGACUUACUAGGGAAGCUAUGCGAAAUUAUUUAAAAGAGCGAGGGGAUCAAACAGUACUUAUUCUUCAUGCAAAAGUUGCACAGAAGUCAUAUGGAAAUGAAAAAAGGUUUUUUUGCCCUCCUCCUUGUGUAUAUCUUAUGGGCAGUGGAUGGAAGAAAAAAAAAGAACAAAUGGAACGCGAUGGUUGUUCUGAACAAGAGUCUCAACCAUGUGCAUUUAUUGGAAUAGGAAAUAGUGACCAAGAAAUGCAGCAGCUGAACUUGGAAGGAAAGAACUAUUGCACGGCCAAAACAUUGUAUAUAUCUGAUUCAGACAAGAGAAAGCACUUCAUGCUCUCUGUAAAGAUGUUCUAUGGCAAUAGUGAUGACAUUGGUGUGUUCCUCAGCAAGCGGAUAAAAGUCAUCUCCAAACCUUCCAAAAAGAAGCAGUCAUUGAAAAAUGCUGACUUAUGCAUUGCCUCAGGAACAAAGGUGGCUCUGUUUAAUCGACUUCGAUCCCAGACAGUUAGUACCAGAUACUUGCAUGUAGAAGGAGGUAAUUUCCAUGCCAGUUCUCAGCAGUGGGGAGCAUUUUACAUUCAUCUCUUGGAUGACGAUGAAUCAGAAGGAGAAGAAUUCACAGUCCGCGAUGGAUAUAUCCAUUAUGGACAAACAGUCAAACUUGUGUGUUCAGUUACUGGCAUGGCACUCCCAAGAUUGAUAAUUAGGAAAGUUGAUAAGCAGACCGCAUUACUGGAUGCAGAUGAUCCUGUGUCACAGCUCCAUAAAUGUGCAUUUUACCUUAAGGAUACAGAAAGAAUGUACUUGUGCCUUUCUCAAGAAAGAAUAAUUCAGUUUCAGGCCACUCCAUGCCCAAAAGAACCAAAUAAAGAGAUGAUAAAUGAUGGCGCUUCCUGGACAAUCAUUAGUACGGAUAAGGCAGAGUAUACAUUUUACGAGGGGAUGGGCCCUGUCCUUGCCCCAGUCACACCGGUGCCUGUUGUAGAAAGUCUUCAGUUGAAUGGUGGUGGAGAUGUAGCAAUGCUUGAACUUACAGGACAGAAUUUCACUCCAAAUUUACGAGUGUGGUUUGGGGAUGUAGAAGCUGAAACUAUGUACAGAUGUGGAGAGAGUAUGCUCUGUGUUGUCCCAGACAUUUCUGCAUUCCGAGAAGGUUGGAGAUGGGUCCGGCAGCCAGUCCAGGUUCCAGUAACUUUGGUCCGUAAUGAUGGAAUCAUUUAUUCCACCAGCCUUACCUUUACCUACACCCCAGAACCGGGGCCACGGCCACAUUGCAGUGCGGCGGGAGCAAUCCUUCGAGCCAACUCCAGCCAAGUGCCCCCUAAUGAGUCAAACACAAACAGCGAGGGGAGUUACACAAACGUCAGCACAAAUUCAACCAAUGUCACAUCAUCUACAGCAACAGUUGUGUCCUAACUACCGUCUUUUUGCUAGGACUUACACUGACUUGAGUGCUGCAAAAUGUUGACAAAAAAAAGAAAGAAAAAAAUGAACAAUCUUUUGUGGUUUCUUGGGAAAACUUUUCAUACCCGGUGAUACUAUUCAAAAACCCCAUUACCUGCAAGUGCUGAUUUGAAGUGCAGAAGCCACAGUAAAACAAACAAAAAAACAUCAAAAUGUGCAAACUUUUGGAAAUUUAUUUUUUUCAGCUGUUAUUUUUGUUUGGUUGGUUUUUGUUUGGUUUUGUUUAAAUGGGCAAGAAAUAGAGAUGUGGCUGGAGUAAAAGGUAAUCAAACUAGAAGAUGAAAAUCUAACAUAGUUUUUAUGGACCAAGGAACUUGUAUAAGCUUUAGUAAAAGGUACAUUUUCACCAUACCUUUUUUAUAUCACAGUAUAUAUAGUACACCUUUGUUACCAAAUAGGUUGUUCUCCUCCCCACCCCCUUUGAGCUUUUGCUCUCUUAAGUACAUUCAGGUUCCAAGCCUGACCAUGCUUGUUUAAUCUGAUUACCAUACUCCUCCAGGUCUUUUUGGUCUAAGGCUGGAACUGUUCUUUUUAUUUUAUUAUUUUCUUUGAAAGCUGAAGUCUUACUACUUUUCAUGAGUGGAAGGUUUUUUGAUUUCAGCAAGUCAAAUCUUGUAAAGGCCUGCAUAUUUCUUUUAAGAUUAUUUGAAGUCUGUGCAAAAGCUUUAAAAAAAUGCCUCUGCCUUGCCUGCAAUACAUGCAACGUACGUUGACUUAGUCUCUAUUCUCAGACACUGUUGAUAGUUAUUUCUGUGUUCCUUUUUUAAAAAAAAUGUAUUUAUAGUUAUAAUCCAAGAGGUUCUAACAUUUACCUGGAAUUAAAUGUGGCCGUUUAGUCAUUAAUGAGUUAAUGGCGUGGAACAUGUUGGUUUUUACAGUGUUCCCUUCCCUUUUCCUGUGCAGAAAUGUAUCUACAUGGUCCAGGAUUUGUUCAGGUUUUCCCUCCUCCUAAUCUUGUACAUAACUUGUAUUAUGUGUAAGUUAAACAUUUUAUUUUGAAGCUAGAAUAUUCCCAGUGAUUUCAUUCAGCAGGGUAAGUUUUUCUGCCUUGUUGGCAUAUGACAAAAAAAUAUCAUCAGAAGUAUUUGCUACCAGUUGGUAGGUGGUGCCCUUAUUGUAUAAUGAGGAAAAUCUCAUCAAAAGCAUGUUUUUACUUACUUUUUUUUGCGGGGGGUAGCCUAGGCCAAAACAUCAUUGUAACCUUGAAACAAGAUGCUUUUACUAGAUGACCAACUAAAAUAGCUGGAAGACAGUACUUUAGGAACGGAUAGCUGUAAGAUUAUAAAAAUGCAAAUGUACUUUAUCUUUCCAUUUCUCUCCCUGCCUUUUUUUGUUUUCUUUUCCUCAGUACUGAGCAUCUUCACAAAUGUCUCCUACUCGGAAAGCAUUUCUUCUCCAUUCAGUUAAGAUUUGGCUGCAUUCGGGGUUGUGUGCUGGCUGUGUGUGCUGGGCUCACCGGUUUCACGUUGGUUUUGUUCCUGCACUUUGGGCACACCUGUGUUCGGUGUCUUAGAAAUUGCAGCAGACUCAUUGGGCUACGUUUUCUACAGGAACUAUGUGUGUGAUGUUACAGGACAUGGUCUAGUAAUACAGUCAUCAUUCUUUGAGUAAAAACUACCUCUAGAUUGUGGUAAGCUUUUACUGUCCCAUAAAACAGGAGCCACAAGUACCUUAAGAAUGCAAAACUGUAACUUCCUGCAUUUUCCAUACAGAAAUUGUCUUUCUGGUGUCCUGGGCUAUUUUGAAAAGUUUCCGUCAGUAGACUUUUUUAAACAUCAUUGUUAGUAGCUUCCCCCCACUCCCCUCCCCACCAGCUUUGAUAUCUUCAUUACUCAUUCUUUUGCUCAGACUCUGCCAUUGUAAAUACAAUUCCUAACAUCUUUACAUCACUUUUUCCUCAGUUUUCAAGGGGGAAGUCAUUUGUAAAACAUGUUAGUGGUUAAAUAAAAGUUAUUGUGGUCUUCUCUUUACUGCAAGCCUUUUUAAUUACUCACAGGCUGCAUUAUACCAUAUAUAUAGCCUUUCUCUCUAAGUCUGCUCCCGUCACUAGCUUCUCUUGUAAGCUAAUCCUGCCUCACACUUUAAAUCUGUUUCAGUGACCAAGGGCAGAAUUCAUUGUGGCCUUACCUUUCUUUGUUUUAACUGUUUACUGGCUUUUUCUUGCAAACUUGCUCAUUUCUGAGUAGUAUUUAUUCUCCUUGUUGAGUCUGGAAGUAGUCUUUACACAGUGCUUUUUGUUCAGAGCGCCGAAAUAUUUUCAGUGCUGCCUUACUUUGAAUGGGCCACAAGUUUCCUCCACUUCCCAGGUUUGGUACUUAGUUACCAAAUUAUAUUAAAUUAACUGAUAACAGAUGAGAUGUUUUUGAAGAACAAACUAUUCCUACCCAGCAUUGCAACUCAAAAUAAUUUUUUCAAGUUUAUGGCUUUAUUAAAAUGAACUUUUGCUUUUUUACUGUUUAACUAUAUCUGAUUUUGGCUCUUUAUUUUAAUAAGAUAAUUGAAAUAUUAGACUGUAAACCCUUUUCCUCUUUUUUUUUUUUUUUUUGAAAAGUCCAAGAAUAUACUUAUACAGGCAUUCUCCCCCCACUAUUUUAUGACAUUCUACAUACCACAAACUAAAGACUGAAGUGAUUUGUCUGUUGUGGCUUAUUGUUUACUAGUAGUUCUUUUGUCAGCUGAUUAAAAA